AUGGCCAACAUCCCUGCAGCUUCGACGAUGAAAAGAUACCCACCAUCCGGACUCUCCAUUCUGGUAGUGGGAUCUGGCAUCGGCGGCCUUGGCUUUGCAAUCGAAGCGCAUCGCAAAGGCCACGACGUUCGCAUCGUUGAACGGCGGCCGAAUUUCCGUGACAAAGGCAAGCUCUUAUCCCGUGCUCUAAUCGGCAUCCAAGCCCCAGCAAUCGAACAGUUCACCCAAUGGCCCGGCUUCAUGGAGCGCCUCAAGCAAUUCACCAUGGAACCCCACAUCCGCAUGAUGAAGAGUGACCAGACGCUGAUCGGCGACUUCCCGCUCGGCAACUCCAAGCACCCGGCGCUACCGAUGAGCCGGCCCGCGCUGCACGAGCUGCUCUACGACUACGCGCGCGAGCUGGGCAUCCCCGUCGCGCUGGGCAAGAGCGUCGUCGAGUACUUCGAGGACAGCGAGCGCGGCGGCGUGACGUACGCGGACGGCUCGACGGAGGUGGCGGACGUCGUCGUGGCGGCGGAUGGAGUGGGCUCCCGUGCGUGGGCGCUGGUCACGGGCGAGAAGCAGGCGGCCACGCCCAGCGGCUUCUCGGUGCACUUGGUGACGUAUCCGACGGAAAGGGCGCUGGCGAACCCGGUGGUCAGGGAGGGCUUUGGCGAUUUGGAGAGCGGCGUCAUGUUCAACCUGGGGCCCGGCGCGCACUUCGUCAUUGGCAAGUCGCCCAAGGAGACGACGUGGUGCUUGAUUACUCGGGACCAGCCCGACGCGACCGAGGACUGGGGCAACAAGGGCUCCGCCGCGGCUGCCCUGGCUGAGAUGGAGAGCUGGGCGCCCUUCUACAAGGAGCUCGUCAAGACGGCGCCCGAAGACGACAUUCUGCUCUGGCGCUUGAUGUGGCGCGACCCCCAGCCCAAGUGUGUGUCGCCGCUGGGCCGCGUCGUGCAGAUCGGAGACGCCGCGCACCCCUUCCUGCCCACGUCGGCUGCGGGAGCGAGCAUGGCGCUGGAGGACGGCUGCACUUUGGCGUCGUGCCUGCAGCUGAGCGGGAAGAGCAAUGUGCCGCUGGCGUUGAGGGUGCACAAUCUGCUCAGGUUCGAGCGCGUGUGCUGCGCGCAGAAGAUUGGCUUCCGCAACCGCGAAAUGUUCCACAAGACCGACUGGGACGGCGUCGAGAACGAUCCCGGCUCCGUGAGUGUCUUCGCAGGCGAUUGGAUGGGCCGGCACCACGUCGAGCAGUAUGUCUAUGACAACUACGGCAACGCUGCUCGCUCGAUUCUCGAGGGUACGCAUUUCGAGAACACCAAUUCGGUGCCUGGAUUCAAGUUCAGGCCCUGGACGGUGAAGGAACUCUUGGAGGCGUCGGAUAAGGGACAGCCAGUCAUCGACGAGGGCGAGUGGUAUUAG